UCAGGAAGAGGUCGCCGAUUGGCAGCAUUCAGUACUAUAAAGACUCAUCAUGAUGACCGGCUUCCCAAAACCGCCAUAUUCAGGAAGCCUCCACUGCCUUUGCCUCACAUAUGGAUACAUUUGCAUUACCUCAAUCCCCGCGGUCUUCAUCGCCAUACCUUUGGGAGCAUGAUCCAGACGUUGACGUUAGUUUUCAUGAUGGACGGUUCACAGGCACUAGUGAAGUACAAACUCUCCCUCGAGGGCUUUAUUAUCCUCCGCCCAUAGAUAUAGCGCACACUCAUGCAGGCUCGCAGGAACAUUUCAAUGGGCCACCCCUGAUCGACGUCAGGGCUUGGGGAACCGCGUCAAAUCAGCCUUAUGAAGGCUUCACAUAUAACUCGCCGUUAGUACCCAAUCAUUGGCAGCACGGUUAUCUGCCGCUCGCGGACCAUGAAUACCCCGCAUCCGACAACUUCAUGUAUAGAUCUCCUCAAAGUGAGUGGACGACAUCACCGGUUGAUGUUCUUCCACCGUCCACGUCAUUCGGCCCGGGGCCCACAUCCCCCUCAAUACCUUCAGCAUCGCACGUGCCUCCUUCGGUUGACCAAGAUCUUCAUAACUCGGAUGAGAUGUUCUGUUGCCCGCUGCUGUCUAGCGAUGGAACGUGCUGCAAUGCACACAUUCCCUGCAAUGAAACCGACAUCACAACACACCUACGCAGCGUCCACGCGCUGCGCGCGAAGCGCCUGGAGGUCAUCACUUGUCCGUGGCCCAGAUGCGAGUGUCGCAUGCAGGCAGCGAGCAUCCCUCGUCAUAUCAUAACGCUUCACGUCAAAGCGCGUUUCCAAUGCUCGUACUGUGGAAAAAGCCUCACGCGAAAAGACGGCAAGUUGAAACACGAAAAGAUCUGUCAUGGAAAACCGUGAUGCAGUCUCAUUUUCAUCGGGUUAUUAUUGCAACGCUAUCGAUCAUACUUCUCGGCCUGUUGCUUUGCGCGGUGCUUCAUUUAAACUUAGUUUCUCUUGCAUUAA